GUUGCUAUGGAGCAGGUUCAAAAUUCGAGUUCCAGGUUUAGGGGGGGAGACUUUACCCUUCAGGAAGAUUCUCAAAGUUCAAAUUUAGGGUUUAAGGAGGAGGACUUUUUUUUUGACGAUGAGGUUGAAGGUUCAGAUUCCGGCUUCAGGGAAGAGGACUUUAUUCUUGAGGAAGAUGUUAUUAAGGAACAGAUUGCAAAUUCAAGCUCCGGGUUUAGGGAAGAAGACUUUAUUCUUGAGAAAGGUGCUUCUAAGGAGGAAGUUCCUUUGGAAGAAGUUCCUUUAGAAGAUGGUCCUAAGAAGGAGGUUCCUAAGAAGGAGGUUCCUAAGGAAGAGGCCCCUUCACAGUCCGCAUCUUGGGUUACAUACUGGGUUAAUUGGAUUGAAAGAAAUAAAGGCGUAUUAGAAGAAGUAAAAACACAACCAUGGUUUCAUAAUUUAAGAGUGGACUGGAAGGAGCAUCAGAAGCAGCAAGAUGCUGAGAAGGACGAAUUAAAGGAGGAAAAUGAUAGUUCAUGCGCAGCAAGGCGGAAAAAAGAUGCCUGGAGAAAGUGGAUUGCAAAGCAACAUGCCCUUAUGGAUGUUAAUAGCGAACAAGAUUGGUUCAAGCAUUUGUUGGAAAAUGUGGAAGAAGUGGAACAAGACGAGUCAGAACAACAGGGGGAGAAUGAACAUAAAACAGGAGAAGGUACUGAAAGCACUACAUCGGCAUAUAACAACUUACCACGGAGACAACAGCUGCAUAAAAAUUCCAAUAAGAAAAAUUUCCUAAUCACCAAAUUGUGGAUGCUAAUCUUGGCAUUAGUAUUUGAAGAGUGUGAAAGGGAGAGGACUCUACAUGAGAAGGAAAUGUACGUGGAUCAUUUAUUAGAAAAUACCUUGGCAUAA